GGCCAGGCUCGGGGAAUACGAGUCAAAUUAAGUAAAAAGGAGCUUAAAAACAAGAAGAAAGGUUGUUGUUGUCAAGCACUUCUUCGCAUUUACUUGACUUUUGCUCUCUCGUUAAUACCACGUCCAACUCAAUUUAAUACGCCCCCUAAAUAAAUUCCUUAAAUAUCAGAACUAGCAGAAAGUCGCAGAGAAAAUACGACGAUGAUGAUGCGGUUGAGCAUCGCCACGGUCCUCCUUGGCCUAAUUUUGGUGGUCGUGUCGGGGGACGAGCCAAGAUUGGUUCGUGUGCCCCUGACCAAGGUCAAGAGUGUCCGCAGGUCGUUGCAGGAGGUGGGGACGGAGGUUGAACUGGUGCGACAUCGGUGGAACAAGUUGGGGGCACCUUUGACCGGCCCCAUCCCAGAACCACUCUCAAACUACCUGGAUGCUCAGUACUACGGUCCCAUCACCAUUGGAACUCCGCCUCAAAACUUUAACGUAAUUUUCGACACUGGAUCAUCCAACUUGUGGGUGCCGUCAAAACAGUGCAAAUGGACCAACAUUGCUUGCUUGCUCCACAACAAAUACGACAGUCGAAAAUCAAGUACCUACUCAAAGAAUGGAACUGCAUUUGAAAUUCGGUACGGAUCCGGCAGUUUGAGCGGAAUUUUGUCACAAGAUACAGUCUCCAUCGGAGGUAUCCCUGUACAGAAUCAGACGUUCGCUGAAGCCAUAAACGAACCAGGCCUAACCUUUGUGGCAGCCAAGUUUGAUGGGAUAUUAGGGAUGGCGUACGACACAAUUUCUGUGGACCGUGUUCCUCCAGUUUUCAACAACAUGGUCAAACAGGGAGCAAUUGACAACCCCGUGUUUUCCUUUUACCUGAAUCGAAAUGCAGCUCAGCCAGUGGGAGGCGAGUUAAUUUUGGGAGGCUCCGACCCCAAGUAUUACAAAGGAGACUUUACAUAUAUGCCCGUGGACAAGAAAGGUUACUGGCAGUUCAAGAUGGAUGGGCUCAAGAUUGGAGACAAUGGUGGGACCUACUGUGAAGGUGGCUGUCAAGUCAUUGCGGACACCGGCACAUCUCUGAUCGCAGGACCCUCUGAUGAAGUGCGACGCUUGAAUAAAGAGCUUGGUGCCACACCUUUGGUCAAGGGAGAGUAUGCAAUUGACUGUGCUAUGAUUCCAAAAUUGCCGACCUUGAAGUUCACCUUUGGUGGCAAGGACUUUAUUCUUACAGGCGAGGACUACGUUUUGAAAAUCACUCAGUUCGGAAAAACAAUGUGCUUGUCUGGCUUAAUUGGACUGGACAUCCCGCAGCCCUUGGGACCAUUGUGGAUUCUAGGUGACGUUUUCAUUGGGAAAUUCUACACUGAAUUUGAUUUGGGUCAAAACCGUGUAGGAUUUGCUGACGCUGUUUAACUAUCCAUCGGUGGACACACCCAGCUCUCCUUCGUGGAGUCACCACAUUUCUCCAAGUGUAGGAUAUUAAUUAUUUUAUUUAAUAUUUAACCUGACCAUGUCAUGCUUCCUCCAUUCGUAUGGUAUCUGUACGACCUUCAGUCUACUUAAAUGGCAAAAAGUGAGCUGAGAAAGAUCUGUUAUCAUAAUUUGUAAUAUUUGUAGAAUUUACUCGAUCCAAUCAGAAUCUGAACGCAUUAUUGUCAAUGGACUUAUUGUGAUACAUUUUAGAGAAUAAAAAUGUUGCAGAGUGGAAUGAA